AUGGACUUCUUCAAAACUGUCUUCUCAGACGAACUUCAACAAUCCGAUUCCCCUGCUUCGCCUUCUAAUUCUCACUCCGAUGACUCAGAACCCUCAUCACCAUCCUCGAACCCUAACCCUAGCCCCAGACUUUCAAGCAUCACUGAUGCCUGGACUUUUGGAUCCACCUUGUUCAAAUCUCUGGCUUCAAAGUCCGAGUCCGUAAUCGAAGCUUGCCGUCGCGAUCUUGGAGAAUUCAGCUCCGGACUUAAAAACGAGACCCAAACAGUUCGCGAAGCCGCCAGCCGAACCGUCAAGGACCUUCCGGCUCGGCUGGAGAUUGGUGCUGCCGUGGCUCAGGAUUCGCUUGAGUCCGUCGGCCAAGCUGUUGACAAUAUAGGUUCCACCGUCUCACGAAUCAUUGUUCUAGGUAAAAGUUCAAUUCUUAAAAACGAUUCCGAUACUGAAUCAGAUGGUUCUGAUAAAAAUAAUAGCCUGGGAAAAAGAUCAAAUUCAAGGCCACAUAGUAGAUUAAAUGGUUUGAUUCAUUCGAUUCAAUGUGAUGUGAGAACUUAUUGCGAGGAAGUGGAGGAUUUGGAGGACUAUAAUGAGUGGAAAUUGGGUUUUAGAUUGGAUGAAAAAAGUGGGGAAAUUGAUAAUUUGGUGGAAGAAAAUGCCAUGAUUGCAGAUAUUUAUAAUGGGGUUGUGCCAAGUCAGGUUGAUAGGGAAACCUUUUGGAGAAGGUAUUUUUAUAGGGUUUACAAGGUAAAGAAAGUGGAGGAGGCAAGAGCUAAGCUUGUGAAGAGAGCGCUUUCUGGGCAAGAAGAGGAAGAGUUGAGUUGGGAUGUUGAUGAUGAUGAGGAUGAUGAAGAGAGUGGUGGAUUUAAGUUAACCAGUGUUUCACAAAGAGGGAUUGAAGAGAAGAGUUUGUUGGAAAAGAAUGUUGGGAAGUCCACGGGUGACAAUGAAGGGAAGGGUUUGGAAAGAGAAAUUGAUGAUAAAGGGGGUGUUUUUGAAUCGACAAGUAUUAGUACUGUUGAUGAGAAAGAGAUGCCAGAAGCGAAAUCGAACAAACUUUAUUUGAGUGGUGAUAAGUUGGGGGUGAACUCUGAUGAGAAAGUGAGUAAGGAAGGGAAGAAUUAUAAUAGUGAUUUUUCAGUUAUUUCAAGCCAACCAUCAUCGCAUGAGGAAGGAGAUCUAUGGUGGGAUGAAAUUGAUGAUAUUGGGAGUGGUGAUGAGGUCAAGGUGGUCACAGCUGCACUUGGGAGCCCAAAUAGAGCUGAUUUGAGACAGCGGUUGAGUGCUGCCAAUGAAGAGGAAGAUCUGACUUGGGAUAUUGAGGAUUAUGAUGAGCCUGUUAAGCAUUGA